UGGGAAGGACUACUUCCGGCGGAACCUGUCGUGUUGUGUGAGUAGCGAGCACAGUGAGAUUGUGAACUUUUUACCGCUGCGCCGUGGUCUGAAGAAGGCUUUGCUUGUAUUGGGCCUUUCAUUUUCUGCACCGUUGACCAUAAUUUCUUUCUGAAAUACAAAUGGAGACUAUUUUGGAACAACAGCGGCGCUACCAUGAAGAAAAAGAAAGAUUAAUGGACGCAAAAACAAAAGAAAUGCUUCACAAGAAAACGACGCUACGCGACCAAAUAAACUCUGAUCAUCGGACACGAGCAAUGCUGGAUAGGUACAUGGAGGUGAGCGGAAAUGUGAGAGAUUCCUAUGAGGAUAAAGACGGCAUGAGAAAGGACGAGCUGAACGCGAUCUCGGGACCAAACGAAUUCGCGGAGUUCUACAACCGGCUCAAGCAGAUCAAGGAAUUUCACCGGAAGCACCCUAACGAGAUCUGUGUGCCCAUGUCUGUGGAGUUCGAGGAGCUGGUGAAGGCCAGAGAGAACCCCAGCGAGGACGGGCAGAACCUGGUAGAGUUCUCCGAUGAGGAGGGCUACGGUCGCUACCUGGAUCUGCACGACUGCUACCUGAAGUACAUAAACCUGAAGGGGGCUGAGAAACUGGAGUACAUCACCUACCUGUCCACGUUCGACCAGCUGUUCGACAUCUCCAAGGACAGGAAGAACGCCGAGUACAAGCGGUAUCUGGAGGUCCUUCUGGAGUACCUGCAGGAUUACACUGACAGAGUGAAGCCGCUCCUGGAUCAGAACGAGCUGUACGGGAAGAUCCUGGGAGAGUUUGAGAAGAAGUGGGAGAACGGGACGUUUCCCGGCUGGCCGAAAGAGACCAGCAGUGCUCUGACCCACGCAGGAGCUCACCUGGAUCUCUCCGCCUUCUCCUCCUGGGAGGAGCUGGCUUCCCUGGGGUUGGACAGGUUAAAGUCUGCCCUCAUGGCUUUGGGACUGAAGUGCGGUGGGACUCUGGAGGAGAGAGCCCAGAGGCUCUUCAGCACUAAGGGCAAAUCACUCGAGUCCCUGGACCCCUCGCUCUUCGCCAAGAACCCCAAAUCCAAAGGGCCUAAGAAGGACACUGAGCGCAAUAAGGAACUAGGCUUUCUGGAGGCUCAGAUAUACGAGUAUGUGGAGAUCCUGGGGGAGCAGAGACAGCUGACCCAUGAGAACGUUCAGAGGAAGCAGGCUCGUACGGGCGAGGAGCGUGAGGAGGAAGAGGAGGAGCAACUGAGCGAGAGUGAGAGCGAGGAUGAAGAUAACGAGAUCAUCUACAACCCCAAGAACCUGCCGCUGGGCUGGGACGGCAAGCCAAUCCCCUACUGGCUCUACAAACUUCACGGCUUGAACAUCAACUACAACUGUGAGAUCUGUGGAAACUACACAUACAGGGGGCCCAAAGCCUUCCAGCGCCACUUCGCAGAGUGGCGACACGCCCACGGCAUGCGUUGCCUAGGGAUACCCAACACCGCUCACUUCGCCAACGUCACCCAGAUCGAGGACGCCGUGUCCCUUUGGGCGAAGCUGAAGUCACAGAAAGCAUCAGAGAGGUGGCAGCCAGACACAGAGGAAGAGUAUGAGGACUCCAGCGGGAAUGUGGUCAACAAGAAGACGUAUGAAGAUUUGAAACGCCAGGGUCUGCUGUAAAGAUGAGAGAAGAGAGGUCCAAAACAGGGAAGAGGCCAUUUAAAUCCACGGAAGCCUGCUGAGGCUGUUAUUUUUUUAUUUUUACUUUCCUAUUGAUGUCCCAUCUGAAACGAUUUUGAUUUUAUUAUGGUUGUUUAAAACCCUACAUACACUUUGCCCAUUUUGUAUGAAGUGUUUAUUGUCUAUUUUGUCUGAAAAAAAUGGUUUGUUGUGACCAUAUUCAAUAAAAUAUAGAAGCUGUC